CUCUGCCGUCGCCCUCCCGGUGUCACCAGCCUGGUGUCACUCUCCCGGCGCAGAGCAGCACGGCGUUAGGAUGGCCGAUUCGGACACCUACCUGCGCCAGCCCUGGCGCAUGGUGCACGGCAUCCCCAUGGUCAGUGCCUUUGCCCGUGACUGGGAGCGGAUCGACACCUUCCAGAGCCGCCCCGAGGACAUCGUGGUGGUCACCUUCCCCAAAUCUGGCACCACCUGGGUCACCGAGAUCGUGGACAUGAUCCUGCAAGGCGGCGACCCCAAGAAGUGCAAGCGGGACAUUAUCUCUAAGAGGGUGCCCAUGCUGGAGUUCUCUGCCCCGGGGGAGUUGCCGUCAGGGACAGACCUGCUGGCCACCAUGCCCUCACCCCGCGUGGUGAAGACCCAUCUGCCUGCACAUAUCCUGCCCAAAUCCUUCUGGGAAAACCACUGCAAGAUGAUCUACGUGGGGCGCAACGCCAAGGACGUGGCCGUCUCCUUCUACCACUUUGACCUGAUGAACAAGUUCCAGCCGCACCCUGGGACGUGGGCCCAGUACCUGGAGUUGUUCAUGGCUGGCAGAGUGGCAUAUGGGUCCUGGUAUGACCACGUCAAGGACUACUGGGAGCGGAGAAAGGAUCACCCCAUCCUCUACCUCUUCUAUGAGGACUUGAAGGAGGACCUCCGCCGGGAGAUUGCCAAGGUGGCCCAGUUCCUGGGGCGGGAGCUGCCAGAGGCGGCGCUGGAUGCCAUCACCCAACACACCUCCUUCGAGACCAUGCGGGACAACCCCACCACCAACUACAGCAUGGUGCCCUCCCACCUCAUGGACCAGGGCAUCUCCCCCUUCAUGCGCAAAGGCACCACCGGAGACUGGAAGAACCACUUCACCGUGGCCCAGAAUGAGCACUUUGACCAAGACUAUGCCCAGAAAAUGCUGGGCACCGACCUGCAUUUCCGCACCCAGAUUUGAGCUGUCGCCGUUGCAUGCUCCCCCAAGCCACCCCCACCAACGCUGCUCCCCAGCAGCAGCUCUCCACCACCCCAGCCUGCCUGCAUGUCACCGGCUUCCCCAUGCCAGCGGGACUUGUGCAAAAAUAAAGAGUUUUAUUUCUGCAUCUUCCUCCCAAAUUUGCACCCAUGUGAAAGUUGCUGCAUUGUACAGAGUGCUGCUGAGCUUCUCCCCACCUUGCAUCGCCCCAGCCCUGUGUUGCCUGCCCAGGACAUGCAUAGGGUGCAGCUGUGUGGCUUUUUUUUGAGGAAUAAAAAAGCCAGUACAUGGUACAAAGACGUUUUCAGCAC